AUGGCGCUGCCUCAAGGCGGCCCUCCACCCGGCCUUCAAGACGGCUCUCUAGGCGGCUCUCAAAACCUCCCUCCAACCAGCCUUCAAGACGGCUCUCAAGGAUUCCCUCCAGCCGCCUCUCAAGACUUCCCUCCAGCCGCCUCUCAAGGCGGCUCUCAAGUCCUCCCUCCAGCCGGCUCUCAAAACCUCCCUCCAAUCGACCCUCAAGCCGGCUCUCAAUUUCCAGGCGGCUCUCAAGUCCUCCCUCCAGCCGGCUCUCAAAACCUCCCUCCAAUCGACCCUCAAGCCGGCUCUCAAUUUCCAGGCGGCUCUCAAGUCCUCCCUCCAGCCGGCUCUCAAAACCUCCCUCCAAUCGACCCUCAAGCCGGCUCUCAAGACGGCUCUCAAGGCGGCCCUCCAACCGGCCCUCCAACCGGCCCUCCAACCGGCCCUCAAGACGGCUCUCAAGGCGGCUCUCAAGGCGGCAUGGUAGCUUCUGACCAAGCAGCACCCCCUGAAAUCCAACUCCAGCAGGCCAAGCAGAACGAUGAGUCGGCAGAUCUCUUGGAGAGGGAGGCCGGGAGGCUGCGUCAAGAGGCCCAGGAAAUCAGACGAAGAGUCGGGGCCACUUCGAAUGAGAACCCGGCCGCCGAUGAGAACCCGGCCGCCGAUGAGAACCCGGCCGCCGAUGAGAACCCGGCCACCGAUGGGAACCCGGCCACCGAUGGGAACCCGGCCACCGAUUCGAAUGAGGACCAGGCCCCUCAGAAUGAGAACCAGGCCCCUUUCGAGAUGCAGGCCCCCAGCCCUGAACAACAGCGGGAGACACCACCGCCCGAGAUAAUGUCAGGACCCAAUGGAAACUAA